UAUUAUUACAGUGCUCUGCACAGAGUAAGCGCUCCCUUAAUACCGUUGAUUGACUACUGGUGUGCCUGUGUCCCCCUUGGAUUAUUUCACAGGAGAUACUUUUUUUUUUAAUGGCAGCACAGAAGCCAGGCUGGGGAUCUAGACUGCAGGACGUCUCCGAUCCCGGCCCCUUUGGCGAUCCAACGGACGAGCUGACCCACCUGCUUCCUGCCCCGCAGCCGGGACUACCAUGCCCGCAGAGGAGUUUGUGGCCGGUUGGAUCUCCGACUCUCUUCCUUCUAGCCCCUCCAGGGUUGACCCCAGGGCCCGAAAGGGGGGCACUGGGGUUGCUUCUGGGACACCCCAUGGACACAGUGAAGGUCCGGUUGCAGACUCAGAACAAAUACCGAGGCAUCGUGGACUGCGUGAUCAAAACUUAUCGCCAUGAGUCGGUGUUGGGCUUCUUCAAGGGUCUGAGCUUCCCGCUGGGAAGCGUGGCCCUGGUCAACGCGGUGCUGUUCGGCGUCUACAGCAACUGCCUGCUGCUGCUCAGCGCCACCGCCCCCCAGCAGCGCAGGGCCCAGCCCCCCGCCUACCAGCACGUCUUCUUCGCCGGCUGCAUCGCGGGGGCCGUGCAGGCCUACUUCCUGGCUCCCGUGGACCUCGUCAAAGUGCGGCUGCAGAACCAGACGGAAGCGCGGGCGGCCGGAGGGGGGGCUCCGCCCCGCUACCGGGGUCCCCUGCACUGCACGGGGGCCAUCCUGCGGGAGGAGGGGCCCCUGGGCCUCUUCCGGGGAGCCUGGGCUUUGGUGCUGCGGGAUACACCCACCUCCGGACUCUACUUCCUCACCUACCAGGGCCUGUGCCGCUGGCUCACCCCUGAGGGCGGGGACCCCGGCCCGGCCACCAUGCUGGUAGCCGGGGGCUGCGCCGGGACGGCCUCCUGGGUCACGGCCACCCCCCUGGACGUGGUGAAAUCCCGCAUGCAGAUGGACGGGCCGGAGCGGCGGGCCUACCGGGGGCUGCUGGACUGCGUGGUGAGGAGCGUCCGCCGGGAUGGGCCGGGGGUCUUCUUCCGGGGGCUGACCCUCAACAGCGCCCGGGCCUUCCCCGUCAACGCCGUCACCUUCUUCAGCUACGAACAGCUGCUGCGGCUCUUGGGCUGAGCCGGGGCCCGCGGGGACGCCGCCGGAUGGGCGACGGAGGCCAGACGGGCAACCGGGGCCGACCGGCCGAUCGUCCUCCGGCCCGGCGCUGCUCCCGGCGGAGCUGCCGCCAACGCCGGCUAGGAGGAUGGUGAUUCUGCCCAGACCCGGAGUCGGGGAUGGAAGGGAGGCCGGAGUUACCGCUAGCUCUCCAGCCUCCGUCCCUCCUCUUGUGAGCCAGCCUGGGCCGUGGGGGCAUUUGGGCUGUGCAACUACUCUCAGCCUCAGAACAAUAAAAUUCCAGCCCAGUGAGGAAACAUGGAGCCCUCCUCCCCCUAUUGGUCUCCCAGAAUCAGACCACUUACAGGGCCCCGGGGCCCUGCCUUUGACCCGGCAACCCUGGCUCACAGCCUCACCUUCCUUCCCCGCUCCCCUGGGUUGCUGGUACAGGUUCAGCUGUUGAGUAUGAUCUUGGGCCCCUCCUCCCUUUUCCCUGGUCGGGGACAGCUGGAGUUGGAGGCCUGGCACCCCCAUGGGUGAUGCUGUCUAGUUCCCAUCUACCCACUCGCCUGGGCAACACAGCACCCCUGACCCCAACUGUGGCCGGGCCUAUCCUCCCAAGCAGCAUCCCCCAGCCUCUUGUCAAGCUGGACCCCUGCUCUUCCUGCCCCCCCGGAAUAAUAAUUUUAUAUUUGUUAAA